AUGGCAUACCAGACAUCCGUAUUACUUUCUGGACCAAGUAUGUUGACAUUAUGGCAUACCAGACAUUCCAAUUACUUUCUGGACCAAAAUGGUGAGCAGCUUGUGUGUGUGAGGGAACAUGCUAAACAAAUCAAUGAUAUUCAGCCAUAUAAAGACCUCACUAUGAUUGCAACUGCAUCUAAAGAUACUACAGCUAAGCUUUUUGAUACACAAAGUUUUAAACAUCUGAAAACAUACAAGACAGAGCGUCCUGUUAAUUCAGCAUCAAUUUCACCAAUUAGAGACCAUGUUGUGUUAGGUGGUGGACAGGAAGCGAUGGAUGUGACAACAACAUCAACAAGAAUAGGGAAAUUUGAUGCCAGAUUCUUUCAUCUUGUAUUUGAAGAAGAAUUUGGCAGGGUUAAAGGUCAUUUUGGACCAAUCAAUAGUGUAGUAUUCAGUCCAGAUGGAAAAAGGUAUGUAUUAAGAGGGUACCAUUCUGACAGGUUCAAUCCUUGUGGUACAAAGUUGUACAAGUCUGAUGGUUACAUACCUCACUAG